UCGACAUCUGAUAGCCACACGGGCUCACUUGCCCGUGCUAAGAAAAACGUGCUCAGCAACAAGUUGCUUUUUGUGCGAAGUUAACCCACACAGUUCGCGACGCAGGAGGUCCAGGACUACUUGACUGGAACCAGUUCGAAAGAUUUGGUCCGUCCAUCUUCAAGUGGUGGUCUUUGUGUGCGUUGAAGCUUCGUAGCCUAGUUAGCUUAGCUUGCGAACAAAGAACAACCUGGGUCGACGCUUGAACAUCAAGUUGGUGCCUCCGAAUGCGUGCAAGAAGGACGCCAGCCGCAAAGUUCGAGGCGGAACUUUGUGGCGCAAAAGCUCAGCGACGACGACAUGCUUGCAAAAUGCAAGUAAACGUUGUUCUUCCCAGACUAGCAGGUUCCAGCAAAUAUCUUGGUCCUGAGUGGCAGGAGUCUGAGUCUCCUGGCGUUAAAGAGGAAGUCGAGCACCCGCAAAUGAAACAGGAAGAGCCAGAACUCCCUGAACAGCAAAAGAGAGAAGUGCAACUUCCAAUCAAAAAGGAGGAUGUAGAGCUACCAUACGUAAAAGAGGAGGACGAUAUCGCCAUGUCGACCGGUGAGCCCUUAAAGUGUGAAGAUGGUCCGAGUGAGGCCAGCAGAGGGACGGAGCCUCCAAGUGGUAGCAGCAGCUCAAAAGAAGGAUUGCAAGCACACAUUUUCAUGGCACCCUCUGAUAGAAUCGAACACACGAGAACUCACACUGGUAGAAAACCUUUUUCCUGCUCAGUUUGUGGCCAAAAAUUCAGUCAGAAGAGCAACUUAAUUCGACACACAAGAACCCACACUGGCGAAAAACCAUGUACCUGUUCAGUUUGUGGUCACAGUUUCACUGAAAAGAAAAGCUUACAAACACACACAAGAAUCCACACUGGUGAAAAACCUUUUGUCUGCACAAUAUGUGGUCAAAAGUUCACUUGGAAGAGCAGCUUUAACACGCACACAAAAACCCACACUGGCGAAAAACCUUUUUCCUGCUCAGUUUGUGGUCAAAGAUUCUGUCACCAGAGCACACUAAACGCACACAAAAGAAUUCGCACUGGUGAAAAACCUUUUUCCUGCUCAGUUUGUGGUGAAGGUUUCACUUCCCACAUAAGCUUACAAAGACACACAAGAAUCCACACUGGUGGAAAACCUUUUUCCUGCUCAGUUUGUGGGAAAAAAAUCACUCAUAUGAGUGCCUUACAAGUACACACAAGAACCCACACUGGUGAAAAACCAUUUUCCUGCUCAGUUUGUGGUCAAGGUUUUGCACGAAAUGGACACUUAAUCGAACACAUGAGAAUCCACACUGGCGAAAAACCUUUUGUGUGCACAGUUUGCGGUCAAAAAUUCACUUGGAAGAGCAGCUUAAACCUACACACAAGAACCCACACUGGCGAAAAACCUUUUUCCUGCUCAGUGUGUGGUAAAAGUUUCACUCAGAUGAGUGCCUUAAAAAUACACACAAGAACCCAUACUGGUGAAAAACCUUUUUCCUGCUCAGUCUGUGGUAAGGUAUUCACUUCAAAGGAACACUUGAAAUCACACACAAGAACCCACAAUGGUGAAAAACCUUAUUCCUGCUUAGUUUGUGGUCAAGGAUUUACUCAAAAGCAAAGCUUAAAAAGACACAGAAAAACCCACACUGGAGAAAAACCUUUUUCAUGCUCAGUUUGUGGUCAAGAAUUCGCUCGCAAAGAUCAGAUUAAGAGACAUGUAUGUGUUGAUGUGAGAAGCAGGGGCCAAUGAUUUUUUUCCUGUCGUCCAUUCUGCCUUUAUCAGAUUGUGCACACAAGACGCUUGUACUGUAUUUUUUGGACUACAGGUCAUUUUUUUUUCAUAGUUUGGCUGGGGGUGCGACUUUGUGAAAUUAUCAACACAUUAUUGUAUCAUUUCACAUUUGCUGUUUUGGAGUGACACUGAUGGUUUGGUAAACUUGUUAGCAUGUUCUUUAUGCUAUAGCUAUCUGAAUAAGUCUUAAUAGCUUUGUUAUGUUAACAUACCGGUCGCGUUCGCAUUUUGUUGUUCACGCAUCAGGUAGCAUUAUCAUAAUGUACACUUAUUCAGCAUGUUGUUCUGUUGUAUUUUUGUUUUAAAUUGCCUUUCAAGAUGACAUAUCUGUUCUAUGUGUUGGAUUUUAUCAAGUAAAUUUCCCCCCAAAAUGCGACCUAUACUCCGGUGCGACUUGUAUGUUUUUUUUCCCUUCUUCAUUGUGCAUUUUUGGCCUGGUCCGAAAAAUACGGUAUUCUGUAGAGCUUCCUCAAAUCAUGUCUAGGAUUGGCACAUUUGGUGCUUUAAAAGUGCUUUGUCCAAUCCUUUUAUGAUUUGGAUCUACACCAUUGCCAAAAGUAUUGGCUCCCUUGAUUUAACUCUCAAGUUAAGUGGCAUUAUUUAUAAAUACUCUCCCUCUUUCAAACUACACUUUUCAGAGUUAAUAUUUGAAACAGUAGACCCCAAAUUACAAAAAUUCUAAUUCAUCAAUUAUAGAAUUACAUAAAUAUGGAAAAUUAUGAUUGGGUCAUAGUUUUCUUUUUUGGUGGGGGGCUUAUUUAUAAUUUAAAAUGUUACUACUCUGUGACAGUGACAUAUUUCGACAGAGUAUUGGGGCCAAAUGAAGGGAGAAAAAAUAGGACUUUUACUACAAGAAAAGUCGUAUUAUUACGUAGGGGUAAUGUUGCUGAAUUAGGGGCUACACACUUUAUGUACAUGUACCUCAGCUGGGAGUCUGACAAUGCAUUCGUACAAAUCCUUCUAUUGAUUACCGAAAUUUCCCGAAUAUAAGACGCACCCGUGUAUAACGCGCACCCCAUCUUUACCUAUAAAAUCUAGGGAAAAUUCUUGUACCCGUGUAUAAAGCGCACCCUAAUUUUAGCACCAAUAAAUAUGAGUCUCGUGUUUCCAACUUUUAUAAAGUAUGCGGUUGCAGCAUUUUUUAAUCCUUUUGUCAAAUAUUUUUUUAAAUAAUAGAAUAUUAAUUUCCUGUGCUAAAAUUGCCCACAGUAUACGAUAAUAAUUUUCACAAAGUAAGGAGUUGUAGCGAGUUUUAACAGAAUUCACCAGCGGAACUAAUGUUGGCAAGUUGUGUAGUUCCCGGGGGGGGGGGGGGAGUUUAGUUAAGGGAACAGCCGGAAGUAAACGAAUGUCCCGUGUAAGACGUACGUUGUUACUUUGUGAGUUUCAAUGUAAAUAAAACAACACGGCUCAGUGGUUCGACACUCUUCCUUACACUCCUGUCCUAGCUCGCCACACAGUCAACAUAUAUACGAAACGAAUCGCCGUAUACGUUCUCUUCAAGACAACAUUGCUGUGUGCCGGCAUGUUGCAACGCAAAGGUUAGAAAAAUGUACCGGUAAAUAAUGAACGAUUAGUACAAAAAACAUUUUAAUUUUAUUAAAUGUUAAAAAAUAUCAUGAAAAUAAUUAUUUACUACAUGAAACGUGAUUAUUAUAUCACUGUCGUUCGGAUUAGGUAAUAUUGUGCUGGUCCAUGCUUACAAUGGAACACGAAUCAUAAUGAAUUUUUUUCUGUCUCCGUCUCUGUACCCGUGAAUAACGCGCACCCAUUUUCACGAGUAAAUUUUGGGGAAAAAAGUGCGCGUUAUAUUCGGGAAAUUACGGUAUAAUUUGAUGUAGAUAGGCUAAAAGAUUUCCUAAUUUUGAAAAUUGAUUCUAAAACACAGCCUCAUGAAAUGCUUUCAUUAUUGUUGACAUUAGUGGAAGCGGCAAAGCGCUACGGAAAGUACGUGGCUGCUCAUUCAGCUGCAUUACCCCUACGUAACAGGACGACUUUUUUCCUCAGUAAUAGUACGACUUUAAUCUCAUAGUCCUUUAUUUUUCCCUAAUACCUUGUUGUACAAAUUGGGAAACUGAUUGUUAAAAUUGUGCUUUUAAUCAUUCCGGCCCCCCGUCGAUGGGAAAUCUCUCGACUUUGCUCGGAACUCUAAAGUGCUUGUACUUGACUGUGCUUGUUGGUUUUAUUCAUCAUUAAAAA